AGGUCCACAACAUGUUAUAAUGUUAUGAACCCUAGUACCCCUGUUCUUGGCAUACCAGUUUGAGACCUCUUUUAUCAGUAUCUAUUUGUAUUCGUUUGCAUGUUUGACUUAGACUUUGACUAUUCCAUUGCAAAAUCUGUGGCGAAUACCUAACAAGUGUUCCAGUAUUCGUUGUUCAUCUCUUCACAAUUCCAUCACAAUAACAUCUUCAUCGUCAUCCACUUUGACUUUUUCUUCUUCUAUCACCUCAUUCAUUUCCAAAUCCUCACAACAAAAUGUGUAACUGUACCGGAGAGGAGGAUGAAAAUGGUACUGGUAGCGAUUCGGAGAAGGAGACUCUGAGAGGUGAAGAAAGCAGAAGGUCUUCAAAAAGGACAUCAAGAAGUAGUAGAAAUAGGGAACUGAAAAACACCGUGGAGACAGGUAUUGACACUAUGUUAUUGGUAGUAGAACUAGGGAACGGAAAAAUACCGUAGAGACAGGUAAUGUUGACACUAUCUUAAAUUGGCAGUAGAACUAGGGAACGGAAAAACACCGUAGAGACAGGUAAUGUUGACACUAUCUUAAAUUGGCAGUAGAAAUAGGGAACUGAAAAACACCGUAGAGACAGGUAGAGUCAAUCAGACAUAGAAGAUCUGUACUGAGUUCCUGGCACUUUUGUUCUCACGCUCAAACGUGGCUAUUCUUGAUAUAAGGCCGUAUACAACUACUCAGACAGUGGCCAAUCCUGGGCACUUUUCUCAAACCCGCACUGACCACUGACUGACUGACUCCCUCACUCCACACUGACUGACUGACUCACUCCCUCACCAAUCAUAAAAACUUUGUAUGACCACAGACUCAGCUUGGUCGGCUUCAGAGAAGGAGGACGUGGACCCUUUUGACGAGGACUUUGUCGUGAUCAGCAAUAAGCAUGUAGGUUGUUGCUACGGUUUGAACUACGGUAUAUGGGUCACAUUCGGCGGUGCCAUUAUGUUCCUCAUGUGGGCUUUGAUGGGUCUCAUCUGCUGCUGCACUGUUAUUGGGUACUUGUUUUUUGUCCACCAGCUUCGCUUGAGACUCAACAUGUCAGGAAAUGUGAGACUCAUGCCAUGCCACGCUUGAGAAGAUUUCACUUGGUGUUUCUACGUCUUCCCGCGAAUACUAUAAUCAUUCUGGUCCCUUUCUCUCAUUCGAUUUGGAAGAUAGGAUUUUUUUUUUCUGACAUUAACUUUAGUUUUUAUAUAUCAAUCGCACGCUUUCGCUUCUAAUUCUAUCAGGAUGGGCUGGGGCUUCAAGUGUUUUUCGAUCGCGACGAUUGUCCUGGUACCAUGGAAACAUAAGAAUCGAGGUGUGGUCAAGAAGAACAUCUACUACAUAGAAAAUCCGGAACCAAAAUACUGGGGCAUCGUCCUCUGGUGGAUAGUGUGCGGGUUGAUCUUGACAGUGCUUCAUCUCGUCUUCGCUGCACUAACCUUCGUUACUUUCAUAGGGAUGCCUUUCACCUAUCAGCACAUAAAAUUCAUCCAAAUGAUUUGGAAGCCGGGACACAUAUGCCUCACAUUGGAUGAAUGCGAAGCUAUAGUCGGCAGAGGCGACGUGGAAACAAGCGGCAGGGUAGUCGAAAAACCAAAGAAGUUAAGACAACGCACAGUGCAUCCUCACUUGUAUCAUUCUUGGCUUGUUGUUUUACAGAGCUAAAAUAUUUUUAAAAGUCAUUAUGCUCCCCUUCUCUAUCUCUCAGUCUUCUCUGGCACUUAUCUCACAAUCACCACGUGAUUACUUUCAAGGAAAAACAGAGGCCAAGGAUGCUAGGAGCAGGCGGGAUGCAACUGGUGGCUACCUCUAACAAAGGAAGAAUCUAUGGAGGAUAAGAUGAUGGGCGUGAUGGGCCCCAGUGCGAGUACCCAACUUGGCAUGGCAGCUAUGGGGAUGUGAAGUCUUCGUUAAGAUAUUGGCUUCCUAAAAACCUAACAUAUCCUCUUCUUGGAAUCUUUUUCUAGAAGUAGCAACUACAUCUUGUUAAUGACAUAGAAAAUGCUAGUAGUAUUCUUGAUUCUUGACAUAUUGGUUCGUAACAUCCAUUCGGCACAUAGUUCAUAUCAUAGGAAAAGGAUAAAGUGAUUCUACUUUGUUCUAAAUCUAUUUAUCGUUGCAAACUCGCAAUAAUAGCUACAUCAGAGGCACCAUGACAUGACAAGCAGAAAUAAAUAUCGUUACUAAAGAACAAGUAAGCCUGUAGUCAGGGAAAAAUAACCCGACGGAAAUUCGUGUAAUUAAAUGUUUUGCCGCAAUUGCUACUUGUACCAUAGCAGUUAUUGGAAAAUAAUAUAGGGCGGACGCAAGAGCUUUCAUCGAUUCAUCCCGCCGGUAGGUGCAGCAAACCUAUUUAGGAUGCACAGAAUAGAAUACUAGCUUUAAGGUUGGGGCUUAGGUCCUCCGACAAUUUGAAAGCACUAAGCAAAGCAACCGGUUAAAUAGAACAAAAGAAAGUCAAAAGAG